UGCUCAGUCAGCGCUCCUCCCGGUGAUCCCCGACACCGCUGGCCACCGCUUCUCGCCACACACGCUCACAUGCUUACACAUACACACUCUCGUGUGUGCGCACCGCGUCUGCGCGCACCACCGGCUUCUGCAACUUUCCGACUUCACCUGAGCGAGCAAAGCAGGCGGACAGAACCACUAAACAAUGCGUGCCAACUGCACUAUGCGCUACCACAGGUUACUACUUUUGCGCUCAUUUAGGAGGUAACGGAGGAGGUGUGAGCUUGCAUGCCAUCACCAUGGAUUGCCUUUUUCUUCUGUUAUGGACUUUACCAAUCCCGCUGGUCGGCUGCACCUCAGUCAAGCUACUCUCCACCCUCUUGUCCUGGAGUAUUUUCAAGACGCUGCACAUUUACUGCUCACAGGCCUCCCACACCGUUUCAGCCAGCUAUUCUUCCAGCAACAGCCACGGAUUAAAUCAUGACUACGUAUUUGUAACCCCUGUGGAAGUGGACUCUCAGGGAGCGUACCUGACCCAUGAUGUGACCAGGCGAAGCCAUCGCGGCAAAAGGUCCUUGCCUCCUUCUCUGCACUAUCGCCUCUCUGCCUUUGGGCAUGACAUGCACCUUCACCUGCAUCCAUCUUCUGUGGUUGGCCCUGGGUUCACUGUGCAGAUGAUCAGCUCAAAUGGCAUCACCACAGUAAUGGAUGAUGCAAAGGUUCACAACUGCCUUUAUCAGGGAUUUAUCCGUAACCAGUCGGCCUCCUCUGCAGCCAUAUCGACAUGUUCUGGACUGUCAGGGUUGAUCCGUGUGUCUCAGGAGGAGUAUUUGAUCGCCCCUCUACCCCAACAUCUGGCCAGACAACACAACUACAGUGCCCCCAAUGGUCAUCACCCGCAUGUACUGUACAAGCGCUCAGCAGAGCACAUUGUCCACAGAAGAUCCAGAAGCCCCUCUGACGUCAGUUCUUCUAGACCUGGCAACCCUUACCUUCAUGAUUAUCAUCAACAGCAGCAGCAUCAUGACAACCAGCAUGGAAAGCUGCAGAGGCAACACUUCUGUGGACGCCGCAAGCAAUACGCACCCAAGCCUCCUGCUGAGGACCGCUUUAUCAUGCCUGAUGAGUUUGCGGUACCUGAGGUGGAAGGUCCAGGGAGGGAAAAAAGAUCACCCAUUUCCAACAGGGUGGGAGGUCUGAAUGUGGAGACCCUGGUUGUGGCAGACAGGAAGAUGCUGGAGAAACAUGGCAGGGAGAAUGUCACCACCUACGUCCUCACCGUUAUGAAUAUGGUUUCCAGCCUUUUCAAAGAUGGCACCAUUGGGAAUGAUAUCAACAUUGUGGUGGUUAGCUUGUUGCUGCUGGAGCAGGACCCUUUGGGCUUGACCAUAAAUCAUCACGCUGACCAGUCCCUCAACAGUUUCUGUCAAUGGCAGUCAGGCCUUGUGGGGAAAGGUGGUAAACAGCACGAUCAUGCUGUUCUCCUCACUGGACUGGACAUUUGUUCCUGGAAGAACGAGCCCUGUGACACUCUGGGUUUUGCCCCCAUCAGUGGCAUGUGCAGUAAGUACAGGAGUUGUACGAUCAAUGAGGAUACAGGACUUGGCUUGGCUUUCACCAUUGCACAUGAGUCUGGACAUAAUUUUGGUAUGAUCCAUGAUGGGGAGGGAAACCCUUGCCGUAAGACUGAGGGUAACAUUAUGUCCCCUACUCUCGCUGGUAACAAUGGAGUCUUUUCCUGGUCCACCUGCAGUCGGCAGUACCUUAGCCGCUUUCUUGGAACAGCCCAGGCAUCCUGUUUAGUGGAUGAACCCAAGCAGAUCGGUCAGUACAAGUAUCCUGAAGAGCUUCCCGGGCAGCUUUAUGGAGCAGACACACAGUGCAAAUGGCAGUUUGGCUCCAAAGCCAAACUAUGCAGUCUUGAUUUCGUCAAGGACAUUUGCAAGUCAUUGUGGUGUCAUCGCACAGGGCAUCGGUGUGAGACCAAGUUCAUGCCUGCUGCAGAAGGUACCACUUGUGGCCCUGACAUGUGGUGUCGGAGGGGUCAGUGUGUUAAGUAUGGAGAGCAUGGUCCUAGAGCAGUGCACGGCCAGUGGUCAGCCUGGUCUCAGUGGUCUGACUGCUCCAGAACUUGCGGUGGAGGUGUCAUGUACAGAGAGCGCUCCUGCACCAGCCCAAGGCCACAGAACAAUGGCAAGUUUUGCUCAGGCCCCAGCCGUCUCAACCAGCUGUGUAAUAUUCGUCCAUGCCCUCCCAAUGCUGUGGAUUUCCGUGCCCAACAGUGCGCUGAGUACAACAGCAAGCCCUUCAGGGGCUGGUAUUAUAAGUGGAAGCCCUACACCAAAGUGGAUGAUGAAGACAUCUGCAAGCUGUACUGCAUUGCAGAAGACUAUGACUUCUUCUUUGCUAUGUCCAGCAAAGUUAAAGAUGGCACUUCCUGCUCUGACCACAAAGAAGAUGUCUGCAUUGAUGGAGUGUGUGAGGCUGUAGGUUGUGACCAAGUUCUUAGCUCCAAGGCCUCUCUGGAUGCCUGUGGAGUUUGUAAGGGAGACAACUCCACUUGCAAGUUCUUCAAAGGCCGGUACACUCUGCAACACCGGGCUAACGAGUACUACUCCAUGGUGACAGUUCCAGCUGGGGCUAGAAGUAUUCACAUUCAGGAAAUGGAAGUCUCCACUAGCUACCUGGCUGUCCGCUCCCUGAAAAAGAAGUACUACUUGACUGGGGAGUGGACUGUGGACUGGCCAGGGAAGUUCCACUUUGGUGGAACCGUAUUCGACUACCAGCGCUCUUUCAACAAGCCGGAGAGCCUGUAUGCUGCUGGACCGACUAAUGAGACGCUGGUGUUUGAAAUCCUUCUGCAGGGAAAGAACCCGGGUGUGGUAUGGGAGUACACUUUGCCUCGCACUGAGAGGAAGCCUGAUUACAGCUGGGGUGUGGUGCGCUCGGAUUGCUCUGCUCCCUGUGCCGGAGGUCGUAUCUCAACCAAGGCUAUCUGUUUGCAGGACCAGAAGGCUCAGGUCAACUCCAGCAUGUGUAAUCCCCACACCAGGCCUGCACUGGGCUCCCAUCUCUGCAAUACGCAGCCUUGCCCUGCAUAUUGGGCACCAGGAGACUGGGGUGCUUGCAGUCGGUCAUGUGGUGGCGGUCAACAAACCAGGACACUGCGCUGCAUGAGGAAGGUAACUUACCAACGGGAGGAGGUGGUGGCGCACUCCUUCUGCCCUGUAAUCUCUCCGGCCCAAGUCCAGCCCUGCCACACCCAGUCCUGUCCGCCAGAAUGGAGCACUGGAUCUUGGUCACAGUGCUCCAAGACCUGCGGCCGUGGCCUGAGGAAGCGGACCGUGUUUUGCCGCAGCACCGAUCCAGGGGCCAAAGCUGUGGUGGUGCCCGACAGCAUGUGCAGACAGCACCACAGACCCAAAGCCCAAGAGACCUGCGUCCUGCGGCGUUGCCCUAAGAAUGAAAGGCUUCAGUGGAUCCCCACUCCUUGGGGAGAGUGCUCCAGGUCGUGUGGCUCAGGCAUCCAGAAAAGAGAGCUUCACUGUGGGGAGAGAGACUCACAGGGAGGGUAUGUGGCGUUUACUAUACGGAGGUGCAGGAAUAUAGCCAAACCUUUGGUGGAUCUUCAGCAAGGAUGCAACCGAGGUCCAUGCCCAGAGCUCCCUCGGGUGGUCCCUGGAAGAACGACCUCAAGCGUAGUGGUCUUAGGCUGGUACGCCUCUCCCUGGCAGCAGUGCUCUGUGUCCUGUGGCGGAGGAGUCCAGACUCGAUCCAUCCAAUGUCUUCGACAAGGUCGCCCCGCAGCUGGCUGCCUGCCACACCAGAGGCCUGUCACUUCUAGGGCAUGCAACACACAGUUCUGCCCGGCUGCUCCCCCGGCUCCAGCACAUCGCUCUAGCAGCCGGGUCACAGCUGCUGGACCAGCACUGAAAGAAGAACACUGUGUGGAUCACUUCAGCUGGUGCCACUUGGUCCCUCAGCACGGCGUCUGUAACCACAAGUUCUAUGGAGAGCAGUGCUGCAAGUCCUGCUCCAGCAAGAAGCCAUAGAGCUCUGACACCUCUGAGUCCACAACGGCCAGCCUCGAACAAAAGUGCUGCUACGGAGGCCAUUCAGGGGCAAAUACCCACUACACACAGGACUGUGCACAGCAAUGUGUGUUUUCUUCCUGGAGUACUUGACUAAUGCAUUUUGUAUAGAAGUGAAAGAGUACAUACACAGACUUUGUUCAAGAAGGCAACGUGGCUGCUGAUGCUCUUCUGCCAAAGUGGUGUCAUCAGGUCAAUGCUCACAUUGAAACUGGAAAGACAGUGAAAUCCAAACUGAAGACUUGUUGUAAAAUAUAUGUAUCUUGAUAUUUUGUGGAGUAUUUUCCUCUUGAAACCCCUGAAACUAGAAAGCCAUCAGGACAACAGGAAAGAACAAUAGUGUGAUUAGUUAUAUGUUGUGCAUUUAAAGGCAUCUGGUUUCGUAUGUCUUUGUUUAAGUUAUUAUGGGUCCUAAUAUAUGAUUUUACAUUUUGUGAGAUUUACAGUGGAUUUGGGACAUGUUAUUUUUGUGUUUUGUGCCAGUCACCCUUGCAUUCACAUGAUUCAGUUUUAUAUGGGGGGUUAGUAAUCAGGUGAACUGCACUUCUCCUUCACAUGAUGUCCACUUGUCCUGUUUACUACUCCUGAAUCGCACCACGUCACAUUCAUGUCAGUGCUAUUUAAACAUCCGUAUCUGUGUACCUAAAAUAUGUUAUUCAACUGCGUUGUAAGUGGUUGUAUUUUUUUUUUAAAUCUCUGCUUUAUCUUUAUGGUAAAUAACUUCACCAUCUAUCUGCUUUUCUUUUCUUCACUGCAUUCUCUCUAUCG